AUGACAGUUACAAAUCUCACUGAUAUGGUGGAAUUUAUUCUCCUUGGAUUUUCUGAUCUUCCCAAUCUCCAAGGGAUACUCUUUGGGAUUUUCUUAGUCAUCUACCUGAGUAUCCUGAUAGGAAACGGCCUCAUUCUUGUAAUAACCAAGGUUGAUCCAGCUCUCCAGACCCCUAUGUAUUUUUUUCUAGGAAAUUUUUCCUUCUUGGAAAUAUGUUACACAUCAGUCACUCUCCCCAGAAUGCUGAUGAACCUGUGGACUCAGAAAAGAAACAUUUCUUUGUUAGCCUGUGCUGUACAGCUAGGCUUCCUCCUAAUUUUGGGAGGCACUGAAUGCCUACUCCUGGGUGUAAUGGCCUAUGACCGUUAUGUGGCCAUUUGUAAGCCCCUGAAUUAUCCUCUAAUCAUGAACCACAGGGUAUGCAUUCAGCUGGUGGUUGCUUCUUGGGUCAGUGGGGUCCCAGUUCAGAUUGGGCAAACAUACCAGAUUUUUUCUCUGCCCUUCUGUGGUUCUAAGGAACUCAAUCAUGUUUUCUGUGAUAUCCAUCCAUUAUUUGCGGUGGCCUGUGGAGACAUCUCUCUGAAUGAAUUCUCUGUCUAUGCAGAUGCUGUACUCUUUGCCAUGGUUCCUUUUCUGUUGAUACUUGGAUCCUAUGUCAAAAUCAUUUCCACCAUCCUGAAGCUGCCAUCUGCAACUGGAAGAUCGAAAGCCUUCUCAACUUGUUCCUCUCAUCUCAUAGUUGUGGCUUUAUUCUUUGGGUCAGCUAUCAUUAUGAAUUUACGACCAAAAUCUACCCACACAGAAAGGACAGACAAAAUACUGGCUCUUUUCUAUACCAUUGUCACCCCUAUGUUUAACCCCCUAAUUUACAGCCUGAGGAAUAAGGAUGUCAUUGCUGCAAUGAAAAAAUUAUUUCAAAUUUGA